CGUUUUCUGGUAAACAGAACUCCCGUACUUUCACUUUCACUUCACACUUUUUCACAGAGCGCGCGAGUUGGGUAUCUUCCUCUGACUCGUCAAAUCGGCGAUGGCGAACUCACUGCAACGCAUCUCGAGCCACGCUCGUCUUCUCCGGACCACUAUCGCUUCUGGGUCGAGACCAUUCUCCGCCGACGCUUUGGUCGAGUACCGCCCCGGCGAGAUCGGAAGAGUCUCCGGCAUCCCCGAUGAACAUCUCGCCAGAAAGGUUGUGAUAUACUCACCGGCAAGAACUGCGAGUCAACAAGGAUCAGGGAAAGUUGGCAAGUGGAAGAUUAACUUUGUGUCCACACAGAAGUGGGAGAAUCCAUUGAUGGGCUGGACCUCAACUGGGGACCCUUAUGCGAACGUUGGUGAUGCCGGACUAGGUUUUGACAGCGAAGAAGCUGCAAAGUACUUUGCCCAGAACCAUGGUUGGGAUUAUGUGGUUAAAAGGCGGCACACGCCAUUGUUGAAGGUAAGAGGCUCUUCAUAUAUUGUUAAAACUUUUCCACUGUCAUCUGAUAACACCUUUCUGUACAUGUAUAUGAGGUUGGGUUAGGACACACAUUUGUAUUUAAUAUGAGAUUAAGACAUUGAUUUCAUGUGGGGGAAAACAUUAUUUUAUUAACUUGAAGAACUGCAACUGAUUUGGUGUCCUGCUAACUGUGCUAAUAAAACUUCGACUUACUUUUAGCCACCCUAAGCAGUCAUCUAUUGCAAACAAAAUGUUCCUUUGAAGUUAAUAUCAUGCCAAGGUGCAUGAGUGAAAAUUUCUUAUGUGGAACAAUAGAGAUUGCUUAGUGGCAUCAAGCUGAAAUGGCAUACUCGGUUCAUGUUUAGUAGG